UCAAGCUCAGAGACGUGUUUAGUACAUGAGCAAAACAAACAGAAAAUGCUUGAAGAUUUAUUAGUUUUUAUUUGUAUAAAACAUAAAACCAGAGAAAGACUGAGAACUAAGAAACAGGACACUGGGAGUUGGAAAAAAGUAAAGACAGAAAGAAGCUAUUGAAGGUAUUGAAGCAAACUUAUCAGAACUUGACAGUUUGUGACACAUAAUGGAGGCAGGAGAGGACUCUGAUCGUCAGGACUAUUGUCCAGCUCUUCCUGAGAUAAAGGCCAUUAUAAUAGGCAGUAAAGCAGAGUACAAAUGCAGUGCGGCUGAUACCAUUCUUGGUGCGAAAGACUUUAAAGUAGGCAGCGAGAUAGUCAAGAGUGAGAUGAAACAGAGUACAGUUCAGAACAGGCCUGUUAGUUUGGUAAUGACACCAGGAUGGUGGAAGAGCUUCACAUUGGCAGAGAGUGCAAAGUAUUUAAAGAUGGAGAUUGUGCACAGCUUAAAACUGUGUCCUGAUCCACAUGCCUUCCUUUUAGUCAUCAAUCUACACAAGUCAUUCACAAAGAUGCAUCUAAACAGUGUGCUGGAACACAUGGAGAUUCUUGGUGAGCAGAUCUGGAGCCACACCAUUGUUCUGCUCAUGUAUGUCAACACAGAGCAGAGAGAUGCAGAUAGCAAGCAGCUAAUUCAGAAAGCCGGGAAAGAGCUUGAUAUUCUAAUACAAAUGUGUGAGAACAGAGUUCAUGUUUUCAAUUAUACUGACAGCAAGGGGAUAAAUGUACAAAGACUCUUUCAUGAGAUCGAGAGAUUGGUCGCUGAGCAUGAAGGACGGUGUUUUAAAACUGACAGCAAUUUGUUUGAGGACGUGGAAGAAAAAAGAAGGAUGGUGAAGAAACAAGCAGAAGAGAGAGAGGUUCAAGUAAAAAGAAAGAUGCAAACCUUGAAGGAGAGUCUAACAGAGAAAAGAUGGGAUUUUCCAGAAUUAAGGAUUGUCUUGAUGGGUGCCAAUACUGCCGAAAAGACCUCAGUGAUGAACAUCAUCCUGAAAAUUAAACAAGAGGUCAACAAGAGGUCAGCUCAUCACAAGUCUGUGCUGAGAGAGGGAGAGUUUGACAAGAGAAAAGUCAUUUUAAUUGACACUCCUGGGUGGUGGCCGUACGCGUAUGUAAAGGAGACUUCAGAGUCAGUCAAACAGGAGAUUAAGUCAUGUGUUACUAUGUGUCCACCAGGACCUCAUGCAGUUUUGCUGGUUCUACAGUCUGGUGUCGCCUUCACUGAGGCACAAAAGAGGUCUGUCAAAGAGCACAUGGAGCUCUUGGGUCGAAAUGUCUGGACGUACUGUAUAGUGGUGUUCACCAGGGCCGAAUGGAUGGGGACUCCCACUAUUGAGGAGCACAUUGAGAGUGAAGGAGAAGCUCUGCAGUGGCUCAUAAAUAAAUGUGGAAACAGGUAUCAUGUACUGAACUAUAUGGAGUGUGAUGGAACACAGGUCAGCGAGUUAAUAGAGAAAGUAGAGAUGAUGGCCAAAGAAAACACAGAUCUCCUGACACCUGUGGAAGCAGCGAUGGAGGAGACUGACAGUGGCUGGGGAUCAGACCAAGACAUGUUAGAGAGAGGAAGCUUAACUUUUGUUCCACCUCAGAUGCAAGACUACGUUACAAAAUGGCUUGAAAACAUAGAAACUGUGUCUAACUACAGGACCUUAUCCGAAAUGUCAGCAGACAUUUCAGAGGAUGUCACACUAAAUCAAGAUCACUGAUGGCAUGCAGAAAAAAAAAAACAGAGAAAACAGAAAUAGAAAUCGGAAUUCAUCAAUCUAUUCUACAUUCAAGUUUAUGUUGCCAUAAAUUUAUAUUGUGACUGUUUCUGCAUCCAUUAUUGUUUACAUUGUAGGUUCUGUGUCAUUUAUUUGUAAACUAAAAUCAUUCUUUGCUAGCUAUUCUAAUAUUAAUUCUUGCCUGUCUUGUCCAAUUUGUAGAAUAUUUUCAUUAUUCCUGAUUCAAUAUAAUAUAUAGAACUAUAGAUCUACAUAUGAGGAAAUUAUUCUACUAUUACCAUCUGACUAUAGUAACUUUGUGCAGUAAGCUUAGAACAGAGAGAACUAUUUAAAGUUUUAAAAACACAUAGACAUGGAAAGAACCUGUUCAGCAACUAGAAAUACAUGACAGCUAUUGAUCAACCUUCAGGAACUCAUAUAUGGUUAAAAAAAAAAAAACCUUUUCCAAAAAUACAACGGUGCAUAUAUGGAGUACUGCAAACAACUUCAGGAUGUAUAUAUGUGUGUUUGAGACGAGACUCUGGAGUGGUGUUCGAACAUUACUCAGCCUUUCGUAAACUUAGACAUAAAGGUCUAUCUGGCUUCAAGACCUCUUUAGAGCAAUUUAUUUUGAACAAGGAAAAUUCUACAACAUAUUAAAUUCUGUAUUAAUGCUAAAUAAAUGCUUCUAAAAACAGUGAGUGUGCUUAUACAUGUACAUAUGUUGGAUACAACAGCAUUCAUGAGGCUGAUGAACCAGAACAGUUCUAAGGUAAUCUAAGACAGUUGCACCAAACAAACAUACAGAAGUUUUUUUUAUAGCAAAUAAUAUAUUACACAUAUGAUGGAGAUGAUGUCUAAGACGUAAAGGUGAUUCUUUGCAUUAAAUAUAACUAAAAGCACAUAAAAAGUUAUAUGCUGUAGAGGAAGUAACCAAAAAAAUGUAAAUGUAUGUUCAGUGUGCCUUAGCGAAGUUUUACAUCCAUAGCAAUUUCUUGGCUGAUUUAUUUAUU